GGCGGCGAGGAGCAGUGAGGCACUUUGCGCUUGACACCUGGGGAUAUCAAGAUCGACGGGAGGAUCUUCGUAACCCUUUCUAGCUCCAGAAACCCAUCAUUUAGCGGUUCCACAAAAAGAUCCGGGAUUUAACCCCGAAACCCUCAAUUGUAACCUCCGCUGUUCGCACCUUCUUCCUUUUUCCUUUGAAGUCUGAAGUAUUCGAUCAAAUAUGCCCUGUUCUUCAUCCUUGAUCUAGGCAACCUCGACCUUCUUCGUGGUAUCUACUUCUUCCUCCUUCGUCCUCGAGGCUCUCGGAUUUUUCGUCUCUGGUCCAUGAGCAACCUUGGAAAAGCCAUGAAACCUUUUUUCCCACCUACAACCUUGAGUAUAUUUCCUGAGAUAGCGAUUGCAGCAGCACAGAGUUCUUGGGAUUUGGGAGCUCCAAGUUAUCGCUCAAGAGAUUCAGAAUCAGUUUGGGAACAUUUACAUGGCUGAGCAGCUCUAACUCUGAAUUGGAGAACGUGGAAGAGGAAGACAAGGGCUUAACGGGUGGGUAAAAAUCUAAACCGGCUGAACUGUGGGUUGAAAGGAAAGAAACUGAAAUGCAGGACAUCCUCACCGUUGAUCUUCACACCGCCAGGUGUCAAGCAUGGAGUGCCUCACUGCACUUCACCGCAACGUACCUUCACUGCAGACGAUGUUUGUCCGGAAACCGGCACGCUCUGUAAAUCUUCUUGGAAGAAGAAGAAUCAGAACUGCAACCUCCAACCAGUCUUUUGAUCUUACGAUGCAAAACUCAUAUUUCAAGCAUGAUUGCUGGUUAUCUCGCAAGAAAGUUAGCUCUUCUCCACCAUCCAAGCCUCUCCCUUUCUCUAUCUGCUUUCACCAACAUGUCCGAACUAAAAAGGGUUCAUGCUCACAUCAUAAUCUCCGGUCUCGCCAAUGACGACCUCACCACAAUCAGACUCUUAGCAUUCGCUGCCAUUUCUGGGGACUUCAGUUACGCCCAAACUCUUUUCAACCAAGUCGAACACCCUACGCUUUUCAUGUACAAUUCCAUGAUCAGAGGCUUCUCCCAAAGCUUUGACGCUUUAGAAUCCAUUCAUCUCUACAUUCGGAUGCUCCGUGAUCGUAUCUCACCGGAUAACUACACUUUCCCUUUUCUAUUCCAAUCUUGUUCGAAUAAGGCGUUCUUCUUUGAAGGGCAACAACUCCAUGAUCAUGCUCUAAAGUUCGGGAUCGAUUAUGAUGUUUUCGUCCUAAAUAACUUGAUCAGGAUGUAUUCGAAUUGCAGAGAGCUUGAUUAUGCUCGUCGUUUAUUUGAAGAACGUAACAGCGUAGCUAAUGUCGUAUCUUGGACUACAAUGGUUACUGCGUACUCGAAUUCUGGGGAUAUUGAUGUGGCUCGCCAGUUCUUCGAUCGGAUGCCAUGUAGAAAUACAAUUUCAUGGACUGCAAUGAUUGUGGGCUAUGCACAAAUGGGAAAAUGUGAUGAAGCGAGACAGUUGUUUGAUGAAAUGCCUGAAAGAGAUGUAGACUCAUGGAGUGCAAUGAUUUCAGGAUAUGCAAAAUGUGGGAUGUGGAAUGAGGCUUUUGAGCUGUUCACAGAGAUGGUUGGACUUGGAAUAAGGCCAAAUGAGUCUGCACUGGUGAGCUCAGUAUCAGCCUGUGUACAACUUAGAGCAUUGGAACAGGGUGUGUGGCUACAUUCUUAUAUAGAAGAUCAGGGAUUUGAGCUUAGUGUCACCCUAGGGACAUCUCUGGUGGAUAUGUAUUGUAAGUGUGGAAGUGUUGAGAAAGCUCUCAAAGUCUUCAAUGAGAUGCCAGUAAAGAAUGUGUUGUCAUGGAACUCCAUGAUAGGUGGUUUGGCCAUGAAUGGCUGUGGGAAGCAAGCAUUGUCACUCUUCUGGCGGAUGCAGAUGGUGGGUCUUGCCCCAAAUGGGGUAACAUUCCUCAAUGUGCUACAUGGGUGUAGUCAUUCUGGAUUAGUGGAUGAGGGUCGUCGGAUUUUUGAUUUGAUGACUGAAGACUAUGAAAUUGAACCUCAGCUAGAGCACUAUGGUUGCAUGGUUGAUCUACUUGGAAGAGCUGGUCUGAUCAAAGAAGCUUUGAAUUUUGUGGAUUCCAUGCCAGUUAAGCCCCAUGCUGCCUUAUGGGGUGCCCUUUUUAGUGCCUGUAGAAUCCAUGGACAUGAAGGGCUUGGAGAAGAAUUGGGGAAGCAUCUUAUCGAGUUGGAGCCAGAUCAUAGUGGGAGAUACACUCUCUUGUCUAAUAUGUAUGCAGCCGCAAGGAGGUGGGAUGAUGUGGAAACUGUUAGAAAAUUGUUUAAAGAGAGAGGAGUUUCCAAGAAUCCGGGGAACAGUAUAGUAGAAGCAACAUGACCAAUCAUGCUAUGUGAUGGCUUGGAACGUGCCAAUGGGAGAUUGUCUGAUGAAGGCAAUCUUGGCAUUCAUUGAGGCCAAACACAUCAUUCAUUCAUUCUCGAACUCGAGAAUUGGAAAUCUUGGAAGUGGCUAUAGAUCACCAUCCUCAUGUUUGGUUUAGAACAAGGGUGAGAAUGUGAGAUUAUUGUCCUAGAACACUCGGGCUCCAUUUGAUAUGCAUUGUCGAGAACAUGUUCUACGAUGACAGAAAUGUUGUUUGGUAUGCGUUCUCGUUCUUGCAUGUAUCUAAUGUGAUGGCUUACACUUCUCUUGUUAAUAAUAGAUGAAAUGUCCCUUGUGGAAGUGCUUAUUGAUCGCAUGGUGAAUUGCACCAUUGAUUUGGGUGAAAUACAUUACCAAAGAAAAAAAAAAGUGAAAUAUAUCAACAGGUCCUGGAUAGGUGCCUUAUGCACGUAUUUGGUUGCAGGAUGGGAAGAUAUCCUCCAGUUGUGAGGACAGCAGUCCCUGUGGAUGGGAGAUUUGAGCACAUUGUUAUCUCUUGCAAUGCCACUUCUGAUCAUGCCAUCAUUUGGCAAGCUGGUAAUUGGUGAAGACAGAUUCUGCACCAUUCUCCCCUUCAUUUUAGGCUGUGUUUGGUAUGCAUUCCAAGAAAACAUACUGAACAUAGCCUUAGUCUUUCACCCAUGAUCUUAAAUAUCUGGACUUGGUUUUUGUUUAAUGUAUAUUUGCCAUUUCAUUU